AUGCAUGAGGAGGUGAAAGAGCUGAAGGCCAUAAUCGUGAGAUUGGAAAGUAGGGCAAUCAACAGCUUCAUUGAUACCAACUGCCGUCUGAACGAUUUGCAGUUUGCUCAAAUUUGUCAGUCUCUUCGGCAAGCCGCGGAGUAUCACCUCCUUCCGGAACCAGAAACAACAUACAGACGCAACAUAGCUCUUCAGAGGGUAACUGAGAGAGCUGGCCGAGGUGCCUUUUUAUGCACAUUCGAUUGGGCUAGUUCCAAGUUGACGGCGUUCUCAUCCGCCUCGAAGCUCAGAUCUUUGGCGCUCAUUCGCGGUGGCUAUCACUCGAGAGACCAGACCCGAGGUCUGAUCAUAUCGACACUGACACUUCUCCGCUCUUCCAACAUUCCAGUUAUAUGGGCGCUGAAAAUCCCACACUACGAGUCCAAGCAGGUGCCAGUUACUUCGGUGAUGAAAUACCUGAUCUUACAGGUAAUGCAACUUCCAGGGACCGUCCUGACUGAGCUCGAUGCAGCAAAUGCCUGCACACGCUUCUACAGAGCUGUCACGGUAGAGGACUAUUGGUUGAUAUUGGCAAGCCUACUGGCCUCUGUGGCCAAUUUGUACAUUGUCAUCGACGUUGACAUUGCGGAAGAGUUUCCUUGGAUGGAAGCUGCAUCCAGAAUGUUUGGACAGCUGGAUCAAAGAGGGGCAAAGACGAGACUGAGAGUGAUUCUGGUGACCAACAGGCCUGUGGUAUCUGCGGAGGACCGACGUGAUCAUCUUGUUAUCAAAGCACCUUCAAAUAACGCUGUCACGGGUCCCAGGUCGGGCACACAAAGCCGACGGGGGGCAGGCAUGAACGGUAUUCGAAGCAGAGCAUCAGGGAGACGAACAUUACGGUUGACAUAAACGAGCCUGCCAAAUUUCAUUCAAUGGCGAAAAACUGUCUUAUCCCAC